CAGCACGUAGGGCCGAGCGGCUCCCAUCUCGCUGCUGCUGGUCGGAGGCGUACAGGUGGGCUGUAAGGACGGCUUUCGCCUCAGCUGAGGAGAGGAAAAGGGGAAAAAAGGCAGAACGUCCAAAGGAUGCGUUCAUUUGGGUGCGGUGAGCAAAGCUGAAACGCGUGUCCCCGCUGUGUUCUCACGUGCAGUUGAUUUAACCCGGCGCGAGGAGCAGGGUGUCAGGCAGCUGCUGCUUCACGGUACUCGGGGCCUUGGGGCCGGCGGCAUUCAGUAAAACACAACUUCUGCUGCUUUGAAAUGAUGGUUACUGCGUUAGCAGAGCAAGUGGCAGCCCUGGAAUUGUCUGGUGCUUCCCCCUUCCUCCCCACACCUCCCAUCCUCCAUGUUGGCUCACUACCUUCUUUUAAAACAUUGCGUUUGAUCACAUCUCCUUCUAGAGACGAUCUUCUCAUCUUCCUUUAUUGACCUGGGUAGGAUUUCUUGGGCAUUCGGCAUGCUGUGUUGUUAGCUCCAAUGAACCUUUUUUCUCAAUGGCCUCUAUGAGGAAUGGUGCCAGAGCCAAAGCCCUGACCUGACAUGCCCGUUUGAGGCAAGAAUGUUGUUCACGUGCCCAAAGUAUUGGGGUCAGUGAUGCAUUUGGAGUUGCCUGGAGCUAGAUGAGCUGAUGCAGUGUAUUUCUGAAAGCAGAGGGGAAUGUCACGCCGGUAUGUCACUGAGUGUACAGAGGACACCUGUGCUUGGUUAAGAUGUAAUCUCAGUUUUGCUACCAACAGAAUGUUCUCCUAGAAUAUUUUUCACAAACCUUAACGUGAAUUCCUUGUUGAUUGUGAGAGUUUCCUAGGUUGGUAGCCAGAUGGAAACGUACUGCCGUGAUAUGACUUGGCGUGUGUGCUGGCCAGGUGGGCUCAGCACAGAGCUUAAUGUCAGACUGUAGAAGUGAAGGUGCGUCCUGUGGGCUGUUCAGCACUCAGCACCUGAGUGUACAUCCCUUGGGUAUGGGGAAUACCACAUCCCACAGUCCUGAGAGCUCCCGUAGUGUGGGCUUGGGGGCUGUGAGAUUGGUGCCGGCGGUAUUGGUUGUGCUGAAUGCUGGAUAUGAAGUUUUGAGAUCUUCUCUGUCGUUUUCAGAAAAAGAGGAUUUAAUACAGUAAUCGGGGAGGACAACAUUAGUAGCUUGUAGUCUUAGAACGUUUAUUUACAGUGAUACUUAAUGGAUUUCUUUCUUAUCUGUUUCAGCAGAACCAACGUGUUCUCCUUGGAGAUACGGGUGUUGGUGAUCUGAGAUUUCAGCUCUUCCCCCGCUGUUCAAGGAAGCGCCAGGAAGAUGAAUAUCCAGGGGAAGGGCUUCCCUCUGGACCUCGGAGGAAGCUUCACUGAAGAUGCUCCAAGGCCACCGGUGCCUGGUGAGGAGGGUGAGCUCGUGUCCACAGAUCCAAGGCCAGUCAGCCACGGUUUCUACUCCAGUAAAAGCGAUGUGGUUAGAAAUGAGACCUCCACCGCAACGCCGAGGCGCUCCGAUCUGGAUUUGGGCUAUGAACCUGAGGGGAGUGCUUCGCCAACUCCACCCUACCUGAAGUGGGCCGAGUCGCUGCACUCCUUGCUCGAUGAUCAGGAUGGUAUCAAUCUCUUCAGGACGUUCCUGAAACAGGAGGACUGUGCGGAUCUGCUGGACUUCUGGUUUGCCUGCAGUGGCUUCAGGAAGCUGGAGCCAUGUGUGUCCAAUGAGGAAAAAAGACUCAAACUGGCAAAAGCCAUUUACAAAAAGUACAUUCUGGACAACAACGGCAUUGUGUCCCGGCAGAUCAAACCGGCCACAAAAAGCUUCAUAAAGGACUGUGUCAUGAAACUGCAGAUUGACCCUGACAUGUUUGACCAGGCCCAAACUGAGAUUCAAUGCAUGAUAGAAGACAAUACCUACCCUUUGUUCCUUAAGUCGGAUAUUUAUUUGGAAUACACAAGGACAGGUGGGGAAAGUCCGAAAAUUUAUAGCGAUCCGAGCUCAGGGUCUGGGACAGGAAAAGGGCUACCUGGUUAUCUGCCUACUCUGAAUGAGGACGAGGAGUGGAAAUGUGACCAAGACACUGAGCCUGAGGCCAGCAGGGACUCUGCGCCCUCAAGCAGGCUCACCCAGAAGCUGCUUUUGGAGACUGCAACCCAGCGUGCAACCUCCACCCGGCGGUACAGUGAGGGCAGGGAGUUCAGGCAUGGGUCAUGGAGAGAACCUGUUAACCCUUACUAUGUCAACACGGGAUAUGCCAUGGCACCAGCCACCAGCGCCAACGACAGCGAGCAGCAGAGCAUGUCCAGUGAUGCAGACACGAUGUCGCUGACGGACAGCAGCAUAGAUGGGAUCCCACCGUACAGACUCCGGAAACAGCAUCGCAGAGAGAUGCAGGAAAGUGCCAAAGCAAAUGGACGCGUGCCACUACCUCACAUUCCUCGUACAUAUCGAAUGCCAAAGGAUAUCCAUGUUGAACCAGAAAAGUUUGCUGCAGAACUGAUCAAUCGUUUGGAAGAAGUACAGAAGGAACGUGAAGCAGAGGAGAAAUUGGAGGAGCGCCUUAAGCGUGUGCGAGCGGAAGAAGAAGGCGAGGAUGCAGAUAUCUCUUCUGGUCCUUCAAUCGUUAGCCACAAGAUGCCUUCCGCCCAACCCUUUCAUCACUUCGCCCCUCGCUACUCUGAGAUGGGCUGUGCUGGGAUGCAGAUGAGAGAUGCACAUGAAGAAAACCCAGAAAGCAUCCUGGACGAACACGUGCAGCGUGUGAUGAAGACACCAGGCUGUCAGUCUCCAGGCCCCGGCCGCCACUCUCCCAAGCCACGAUCUCCAGAAAGCGGCCACUUAGGAAAGCUGUCAGGGACACUUGGAACAAUUCCUCCAGGGCACGGCAAGCACACCACGAAAUCAGGAAUGAAACUGGAUCCAGCUAACUUAUACCACCAUAAACAUGUCUACCACCACAUCCAUCACCACAGCAUGAUGAAACCAAAAGAGCAAAUUGAGGCCGAGGCCACGCAGAGAGUGCAGAACAGCUUUGCUUGGAAUGUAGAUUCACAUAACUAUGCAACAAAGUCAAGAAACUACUCUGAAAACUUGGGCAUGGCCCCUGUCCCCAUGGACUCUUUAGGCUACAGUGGAAAAGCAAGUCUGCUCUCAAAAAGAAAUAUUAAGAAGACCGAUUCAGGGAAAAGUGAUGGUGCCAACUAUGAGAUGCCAGGAUCUCCUGAAGACGUGGAGAGAAACCAGAAGAUCCUUCAGUGGAUCAUAGAAGGAGAGAAGGAGAUCAGCAGGCAUAAGAAAACAAACCAUGGCUCUUCAGGUGCUAAGAAGCAGCUGUCCCAUGACAUGGUCCGACCCCUCUCCAUUGAGCGGCCUGUUGCAGUGCAUCCGUGGGUCAGUGCCCAACUCCGGAACGUUGUCCAGCCUUCACACCCUUUCAUCCAAGAUCCUACCAUGCCACCCAACCCAGCACCCAACCCACUCACCCAGCUGGAGGAAGCUCGCAGGAGGUUGGAGGAGGAAGAAAAGAGAGCUGGAAAACUCCCACUGAAACAAAGGUUGAAGCCCCAGAAGAGGCCGGGCAGUGGUGCAUCCCAGCCAUGUGAGAACAUCGUGGUUGCUUACUACUUCUGUGGAGAGCCCAUCCCGUACCGCACCCUCGUCAAAGGGCGCGUGGUGACACUGGGACAGUUCAAGGAGCUGCUGACCAAGAAAGGGAACUACAGGUAUUACUUUAAGAAAGUGAGCGACGAGUUCGACUGCGGUGUGGUCUUCGAGGAGGUGCGGGAGGACGACACCAUCCUGCCCAUCUUCGAAGAGAAGAUCAUCGGGAAGGUGGAGAAGAUCGACUAGGCUCCAAGGCUGCAGAGGCUUUGAGGAAAGGACUGUGAAAGACUGGGACUGGAGGGGAAGGUCUGGGCGGACGCUGGCGGUGCUUCUCCAGGAGGUGCUGGGCGAGCCCGGGGCGCAGCCCCCUCUGUGCCAGGACCUGGGCAAGCUCUGCUGUGCCAUGGGAAGUCGUUUCACCCCACAAACCUGCCAGUGGGAGCCUGGGCUCCCUCUCCAUACCGAAUAUAAGUGUAAUGUAGCAUUGUACAGUGCAUUAGAAAGUGUAAAAUGAACUUGUUUACUAAAGCUGCAUAUUUUUGAUAUAUUGUAAUAAAAGGAAAAUAUUUCCAAUGUCA